AGUGAGGGGGAAAUUAAAAAAAAUACAGUUUGUAAAAAAUAAUGUAUUAAUCAUAAGCAUAUCAUCAAUUCGAUUUCCUAAGGGAAUGCAAAAUGUACUCCCAGUGACUAUGUGUGUAGGUAAUGCUCUCUGAGCCCUGCAGGACGUCAUGUCUGAAGAGGCCAUCUCAGGAAGCGACCUGGACCCCAGCGUUAACAGCGAAGACGAGGAUCUGGAAGAGGAGGAGGAGAUUGAGGAUGAAGAUGAGGGUGACAACGAUGGAGAUGAUGAAGAUGAUGCAGUUGAUUGUCCAGAGAGUGGCGAGGGCAGUACAGAGACGGAGACCCAGGGAGGGAGGGUCUCCCCCUCAGCUACCUCACCCUCGGAAGAGACUCCCUCUGAGCCCCCGUCUCAGCCCCCCUCCAGGGCUUCCUCCCGGCCCAACUCUAGGCCUGAGUCUCGCUCCCAGCCCCCCUCUGGCCCCAGUUCCCAGCCUCCUUCUCGCCCUGAGAGCCCCAGCCAGGACAAGCCGUCUGCGGCCAAGAAGAAGAAACCGAGGGCCUCAAAGUCCCAGGCCUCAAAGUCCUGUCCUGAGACCCCCAGCAAGGACAAGACCUCAGUUGGCAAAAAGAAGAAACCGAGAACCUCUAAGUCUAAGGAGCCUAAACCUGCUAAACCCUCGAAGACAGUACACAUGAGGAAGAACAUCAGGACGCUGCUGAAGGAGCACCAGAUGGAGGCAGUGACCAAAGCAGCCCAGCAGGAGGAGUUAGAGAGGCUGAGGCGUCUGGAGCAGCAGAGGAAGGACUUCAUGGCACCACCCGUCCAAGAGUUUUCUCCAGCAGUGGAAGCGGUGUCAGGGAGGCCUGGAGAGGAGGAGUUUCAGUGCCAGGGGUCGUUAGAGGCUGCUUUCCUAGCCAGGCAGGACGUAAUCUGCCUGGACAGCAGCGACAGCAGUGGAGAGGAGGAGGAGGACGCCAAGCCACCAGCUAUCCCCACUAUCACACCCACUAUCAGAGACGACGUGAUCGAGCUGAGCUCUGGGGACGACGACACACUGCCGAUCAGCAGCGAUUCGGCCAAUGAAGAUGAAGGUGCGGGGGGCACGGAGGAGAGCAGCGGAGCGCACAUCAACGACUCACUCAACCAACCAGACGCCCAGGGGAGGGUCCUGGUCAACAUCAACCACCCAGCGGAGGAGGAAGACCUGUACCUCGUCCCACAGCUGGCUCGUGCAGUCAAACCUCACCAGGUUGGUGGGAUCCGGUUCCUCUAUGACAACCUGGUGGAGUCUCUGGAGCGCUACAAGGGCAGCAGCGGGUUUGGCUGUAUCCUGGCCCACAGCAUGGGCCUGGGCAAGACCCUGCAGGUCAUCUCCUUCAUAGACAUCCUGCUGCGACACACCGGGGCCCACACCGUACUGGCCAUCGUCCCUGUGAACACGCUCCAGAACUGGUUGGCAGAGUUUAACCUGUGGCUCCCAUCACAAGAGGCCCUGCCCCCUGAUAGUGACCCUGCCACAGUCGCAGGACGCACCUUCAGAGUCCACAUCCUCAAUGACGAGCACAAAACCACGGUGGCCCGGGCUAAGGUAGUGGAGGACUGGUCACGUGGCGGGGGCGUGCUCCUGAUGGGUUAUGAGAUGUACCGCCUGUUGUCCCUGAAGAAGAGCUUUGUGGCGGGCAGGAAGAAGAAGUCCAAGAAGCCCCAGGGACCCGUCAUCAUCGACCUGGACGAAGAGGACAGGCAGCAAGAGCUCAUGAAAGGUAUCGAGAAGGCGCUGGCCAGGCCCGGUCCAGACGUGGUGAUCUGUGACGAGGGCCACCGCAUCAAGAACUACCACGCCAGCACCUCACAGGCCCUGAAGAACAUUCGCUCCAGGCGACGUGUGGUCCUCACGGGCUACCCUCUCCAGAACAACCUGAUAGAGUACUGGUGCAUGGUGGACUUUGUCAGGCCUGACUUCCUGGGCACCAGGCAGGAGUUCAGUAACAUGUUCGAGAGGCCCAUUCUGAACGGGCAGUGUGUGGACAGCACGCCACAGGACGCCAGGUUGAUGAGAUACAGAAGCCACGUGCUGCAUAGCCUGCUGGAGGGGUUCGUCCAGAGGCGAGGCCACGACGUGCUGAGGGACCAGCUGCCCUCCAAGGACGAGCACGUGAUCAUGGUGCGCCUGUCGCCCCUGCAGAGGGCCCUUUACGCUGAGUUUAUGGAUCGCUUCAGAGAGGCAGGCAACAGCGGCUGGCUGGGCCUCAACCCGCUCAAGGCCUUCUGCGUCUGCUGCAAGAUCUGGAACCACCCUGACGUGCUCUAUGAGACCCUUCAGAAGGAGAACCUGGCCAACGAGCAGGAUUUGGACUUGGAUGACAUCACGGCGGCCGCUAACCCCCGCUGCGCUGGCCUGAAGGCCAAAGCGGCCGACUCGGCCAACAGCCGGUCCAACGUUACCCUGCCCCCGCUCAACCCCAUCCAGGAGAGAGCCAAUCAGGUCAUCACCUACGAAUGGGCCAAGGACAUCAUGAGCAACUACCAGACUGGAGUUCUGGAGAACUCCGCCAAGAUGCUGCUGCUCUUCCAUCUGAUCGAUGAGAGCGUGAUCAGAGGAGACAAGAUCCUGGUCUUCAGCCAGAGCUUGUCCACCCUGACUGUCAUUGAAGACUUCCUGACCAGACGACCAAUGCCAGCAGGCCGUGUCUCCCCGGACAACCAUGGCCAGAACCAGACCUGGGUCCGCAACAUCAACUACUACAGGUUGGAUGGGAGUACGUCUGCUUCAGAGCGAGAGAGACUCAUCAACCAGUUCAACGACCCAGAGAACACCUCCACGUGGGUCUUCCUCCUGUCAACGAGGGCGGGCUGCUUGGGGGUGAACCUGAUCGGGGCCAACCGGGUGGUGGUGUUUGAUGCGUCGUGGAACCCGUGUCACGACGCCCAGGCGGUGUGUCGAGUGUACCGCUAUGGCCAGAAGAAGCCCUGCCACAUCUACCGCCUGGUCUGUGACUUUACCCUGGAGAAGAAGAUUUACGACCGACAGGUCUCCAAGCAAGGCAUGUCUGACCGCGUGGUGGAUGACCUGAACCCGGUUCUGACGUUCACCCGCAAGGAGGUGGAGUCUCUGCUGCACUUUGCAGAGGAGGAGCCUGACCCGACCAAAGCCCCUCCCCAGCCCCACAAAGAGAUGGAGACGGUCAUCAGCCAAGCCUGUCAGCUCUACCCCCACCUCAUCACUAAGGAACCCUUCCACCAUGAGUCUCUGCUGGUGGACCGGAAGGAGUCCAAGCUCACUAAAGCAGAGAAGAGAGCCGCUAAGAAGAGCUACGAGGACGAGAAGCGUGCCUCCGUGCCCUACUCUCGCCCCUCCUACGCCCACUACUACCCAACCAGUGACCAGACCCUCAUCAACAUCCCAGCCUUUAACCAGCGCAACUGGCGUCCCAGAGCUCGGGGUGAUGAGAAGCCCGUGGCCAGCGUCCGGCCCGUCCAGUCCACCCCCAUUCCUAUGAUGCCUCGCAUGGCGGGCAUGGGCGUGGCAGGCUCCAGCUCAGGGGUCGGCUACCCCGUCAACUACCUGCAGAAGGCUGGCGUCUACGUCCAGAGGAUUGUCACUACCACUGAUAUAGUGAUCCCAGGAGCCAACAGCACCACUGAUGUCCAGGCCCGUAUCGGUGCAGGAGAGAGUAUCCACAUGAUCAAAGGGUCAAAAGGUACCUACAUCAAGACCAAUGAUGGCAGGAUUUUUGCCGUCCGCUCAGGGAAGCUCAGCAGAGCAGUGCAGGGAGGAACUGCUACCAACAGAGGUUCCCAGGUUUCACUACUUCACGCCAUCGGUAACGGCUGUUCGUCUCCCGCGGAGCGCCAACGGCUGACCCCCGACAGCGCCUUGUGGCCCUCCACCCCCGAGAGCCCCGAGAUCCUACGCGAGCUCAGCCGCUACGCCGUCACCGCGGAUACCGUCACCGUGGGCAAUGAGCUGCCAUCACCAUCGGACACGUUUACAGGGGACAGAGGGGGAGGGGGAAGAACGCAGCAGCACAAUCAAACCACAGAAUCGGACCACAGCCGGCAGUUCAGAGAUGACAUCGGAAUGAGCAUCAGCGACGCUCUGCAACGCUCCAAACGCAAGAUGGCCGAGAGCCGUGGACACAAGCAGGCAGGGGGCAAACGCAGCUCGACAGCAGCCGGUUUCCCCGGCCUCUCCCUGGGCAGCGGCGGCCUCAGCUUCCCCCCCCUGAACCAGGCCUUGGAGGGACACAUGAGCCACCCGCUGCUGAUGGGAGGCAAUUCCUCAUCCCCCUUCCUCCAGUCAGCAGGACAGACUCUGGGAGACCUGCAGGCCAUGUUCCCCUCGGCAGGGGCGGACCUCCUCAACCACGCCUCCUCAGCCACAGGAAGCAACGGACACCUCCCCUCCUCCUCCACCACCUCCUCCUCCACCAACACCAUGCCUGUGUCCUCUGCCUCCACCACCCUGCCCCCCUACCUAAUGAAUCCCAGUGUGGCCGACCUUCUGUCCCCAGGCUUCCCUCUGAACUACAGUCAGUCCCUGCUGCCUGAUCCCAGGAUGUACCCCAACACCCUGGGAGGAGGCCCAGCCAGCUCUGGAGGAAGCUCCAGUUUCCUCUCCCACUACCCCUCUUCCCCCUCCAGCCUCCUGGGUGCAGCCCUGAGCCGGCCUGACACCCAUCACAUGUCCACGGACAACGGCGGCAGCAGCUCGGACGAUGACGUCAUCGAGGUAACAGGACAAUGAGCCAGCAUUCGUUAACCCUGAGUGGAUAAGUUGCAAAAACAAACAACUCCCCGCCCUAACCUGGCUAACCCUCUUAGCCCCCCUCCACACACACACAAACACACACACACACACAGACUCCUAUGAGCGGGCAAGUGAGAGGGAACGAGGCGUACCUCAAUGUGCUUACCAAGACAAAGUAACAAAAUCCUUAUGCUGAAUAUCUUACUGAAGAUUUGCCCGAGCCCCUGAGGUUGGUGAGCCUGAGCACCAGAGACCAUGGAUGGGAAUGGAUGGACUUGUUGUUGUAGGGGACCAGUUGGUUGAACAUGGGGCUUCUAAGCACUGCCUCCACCGCUAUGUCUUCUAGCAUGGCCGUGCAGUUAUUUUACCCCCAUGACGAUUACUGAGGCCUGUCAGGACUCUAUCUCCUCGGAGCGCACAUCAGAUGGUACUAUGUGAUCGUCUGUUGGACCGUUUGCAUUCAAAAUAUAAAAAAAUGUGAUUUUAGAGCCGUUAGCUGUUUGAUAGACAUUGUAGCAAACCCAGUUGGAAAGGAUGAGAAGACAAUAUACACUCCCCUAUAAAUUUAUUUGGACAGUGAAGCUAACAUUUUUACAUUUGCCUCUAUACUCCAGCAUUUUGAAUUUGAGAUCAAGUUUUUCAUGAGGCAACAGUACAAAAUAUCACCCUUUUUUUUGUGUAUUUUCAUACAUACAGUGCCUUCAGAAAGUAUUCACAUCUCUUGACUUAUUGCACAUUUUGAUGUUACAGCCUGAAUUCA